AUAUUUAUUUCCUAUUUAUUUCCUAUUUAUGGCGCAAAUCUAUGUUGGAACCAUAUGGCGCAAAAUCUAUGUUGGAACCAAGCCAUAAGCCUUGUCGAGGACAUGGUGAAAAAUGGAGUCGCAAGUCUUGGUUCCAUCAUGCAUUUCGCGAAUCUACGUUGGAAUCAUAUGGCGCAAAAUCUAUGUUGGAACCAAGCAAUAAGCCUUGUCGAGGACAUGGUGAAAAAUGGAGUCGCAAGUCUUGGUUCCAUCAUGCAUGAAUAUUGGUUCCAUCAUGCUUUUCUCGACCACUUGGUUCCAUCAUACGAUUAAUCUAUCCGAUUGGUUCCAUCUUAGCAAUCGCCCAUAAAUUAACCCAAACGCGUUUGCUUGUAACACCCCUGGGUCGGCGCAAUUAAUUCACGGGCCGCGCUGAGCUUACGGCGCCCGCAGUCGGAAGCGGUUGCUGGUCCAAGUAAGCAAAAUCUUACCGAUGGCGACGCGUGCUGGAAAAUUCCAGAGUGCUGGCGAGACGAAAACCGCGAAUCGUCCAGAAAAAUGUUCGCAAUUAAUUCGAGGGCCUGUCCCACGCGACCAAACGCGUCGGUUUCUGGGGGGUGGGACAAACAAAAGUCAAGUUGUAUUAUCCGACCCCCUCAUGCUCGAUUUGGCUCACACCUGCAGCGACUCGUGUCCGACGGGUAAAGUCGAAGUGCAAAGUCGAACACCCGGAAGCUACCACGCAUGGGAUGGCCAAAUUUUCCUGAUAUCUACGCUGAAAGUCCAUCCCCCGAUAUGCCCUAUAUAAUAUCUCGAUGGUGUCGGCAGCUACCUGAGAGGGCUGUCCAUCGUCGCCGUGGAUGGUGACCUUGCUCAUUAUUUAGCUACGGACUCAUCAAGCCUGUUCAAAGGCA